CGGCCGAGGCUUCCCCCGUGGCUUCUCGCCGCUCUCCGGCUCCGUAGCGCAGCUCUCGACAAGGACCUGUUGGAGCGACGCGUGGAUGCAGGGAAACCCGAGAGCUCCUCGUGCACCCAUUAAUUUUCCUGCGAUUUUUAUAGCGAGCCGGAUCCCUCUGCUCGUCCUCACUUGGCAGACGCUUACGUUUGGUUUUGUUGUGCUUCCCGAGCAUGAGUUCAGCAUGAAGCGGCGAUUGGAUGAGCAGGAGUCACCCGUGUAUGCGUCGCAGCAGAGACGUAUCACCAGCAGCACCGAGGCUUUCCCGCACCAGCACCGCGUGCUCGCCCCGGCCCCGCCGGUCUAUGAGGCUGUUUCCGAGACCAUGCAGUCGGCCACGGGGAUCCAGUACUCCGUAACUCCCAGCUACCAGGUGUCGGCCGUGCCGCAGAGCUCGGGCAGCCACGGGCCGGCCAUCGCCGCCGUGCACGGCGGCCACCACCACCCCGCGCCCGUGCAGCCCCACGGCAGCCAGGUGGUGCAGAGCCACACGCACCCCACGCCCCCCGCCGUGCCCGUGCAGGGCCAGCAGCAGUUCCAGAGGCUCAAGGUGGAGGAUGCAUUGUCUUACCUUGACCAGGUGAAGCUACAGUUUGGUAGUCAGCCACAGGUCUACAAUGACUUCUUGGAUAUAAUGAAGGAAUUUAAAUCUCAAAGCAUCGACACUCCGGGGGUGAUCAGCCGUGUGUCGCAGCUCUUCAAGGGCCACCCAGACUUGAUCAUGGGCUUCAACACCUUCCUGCCACCUGGCUACAAGAUUGAGGUGCAGACCAAUGACAUGGUGAACGUGACCACCCCGGGGCAGGUUCACCAGAUCCCCACCCACGGGCUGCAGCCCCAGCCGCAGCCGCAGCCGCCGCAUCCGUCGCAGCCUUCGGCGCAGUCAACCCCGACACCAGCACAGCCGGCACCACAGCCCACACCUGCCAAAAUCAGCAAGCCAUCGCAGUUGCAGGCUCAUGCUCCUGCCAGCCAGCAGACCCCCCCGAUCCCGCCGUACGCGUCGCCGCGCUCGCCGCCGGUCCAGCCGCACACGCCUGUGACAAUCUCUCUGGGCACCACACCAUCCCUGCAGAACAAUCAGCCCGUGGAGUUUAACCACGCCAUCAACUAUGUCAACAAGAUCAAAAAUCGGUUCCAGGGACAGCCAGACAUCUACAAAGCCUUCCUGGAGAUUCUCCAUACGUAUCAGAAAGAGCAGCGUAAUGCCAAGGAGGCAGGAGGGAACUACACACCAGCUCUGACAGAGCAGGAGGUCUAUGCCCAGGUGGCUCGUCUCUUCAAGAACCAGGAGGAUCUGCUCUCAGAAUUUGGGCAAUUCCUGCCUGAUGCCAACAGCUCUGUGCUGUUGAGUAAGACAACUGCAGAGAAAGUGGAAUCGGUCAGGAAUGACCACGGGGGCACAGUGAAGAAGCCACAGCUCAACAACAAGCAGCAGAGACCCAACCAGAAUGGUUGCCAGAUCCGACGGCACUCAGGCACUGGAGCAACCCCUCCGGUGAAGAAGAAACCAAAGCUGCUUGGUUUGAAAGACCAGUCUUUGGCAGAAGCCAGCAAACAUGGUGUGGGGACAGAAUCUCUCUUCUUUGAGAAGGUCCGCAAAGCUCUGCGUAGCACAGAGGCAUACGAGAACUUCCUGCGCUGCCUGGUGAUUUUCAACCAGGAGGUGAUCUCCCGAGCUGAGCUCGUGCAGCUGGUCUCUCCAUUCCUGGGGAAAUUCCCAGAACUGUUCACUUGGUUUAAAAACUUUCUGGGAUACAAGGAGUCUGUUCACAUGGAGACGUAUCCGAAGGAACGGGCUACUGAGGGGAUUGCCAUGGAGAUUGACUAUGCCUCCUGCAAGAGGCUGGGCUCCAGCUACCGAGCCUUGCCCAAGAGCUACCAGCAGCCCAAGUGCACGGGGAGAACUCCACUGUGUAAAGAGGUUUUGAAUGACACCUGGGUCUCCUUCCCAUCCUGGUCUGAAGAUUCCACAUUUGUGAGCUCCAAGAAGACACAAUAUGAAGAGCACAUCUACAGGUGUGAGGACGAGCGUUUUGAGCUGGAUGUUGUCUUGGAGACCAACCUGGCAACCAUCCGCGUUCUCGAGGCAAUCCAGAAGAAGCUGUCUCGUUUGUCUGCGGAGGAGCAGGCCAAAUUCCGGCUGGACAACACCCUGGGGGGCACCUCGGAGGUGAUCCACCGCAAGGCUCUCCAGAGGAUAUACGCUGACAAGGCAGCCGACAUCAUCGAUGGGCUUCGCAAGAACCCGUCAGUGGCUGUUCCCAUCGUGCUGAAAAGGUUAAAGAUGAAAGAGGAAGAGUGGCGAGAAGCCCAGAGAGGAUUUAAUAAAGUCUGGCGAGAGCAGAAUGAGAAGUAUUACCUGAAAUCCUUGGACCACCAGGGCAUCAACUUCAAGCAGAAUGAUACCAAGGUCCUAAGGUCAAAGAGUCUCCUCAAUGAGAUUGAAAGCAUCUAUGAUGAGAGGCAAGAACAGGCUUCAGAAGACAAUGCUGGAGUCCCCACGGGCCCACACCUCUCACUCGCCUAUGAAGACAAGCAGAUCCUGGAAGAUGCUGCCUCUCUCAUCAUCCACCAUGUGAAGCGGCAGACAGGAAUCCAGAAAGAGGACAAGUACAAAAUCAAGCAGAUCAUGUAUCACUUCAUUCCAGACCUGCUGUUUGCUCAGCGAGGUGAACUCUCGGAUGUGGAAGAGGAAGAGGAAGAGGAAAUGGAUGUGGAUGAAGCUACUGGGGCUGCAAAAAAGCACAACGGUGUUGGGGGUAGUCCUCCCAAAACCAAGCUGAUGUUCAACAACACGACAGCCCAGAAGCUGCGGGGCAUGGAUGAGGUCUACAACCUCUUCUACGUGAACAGCAACUGGUAUAUCUUCAUGAGGCUGCACCAGAUCCUGUGCUUGCGGCUGCUGCGGAUCUGCACCCAGGCCGAGCGGCAGAUCGAGGAGGAGACGCGGGAACGGGAGUGGGAGAGGGAAGUGCUGGGCAUAAAGCGAGACAAGAGUGACAGUCCUGCCAUCCAGCUGCGACUGAAGGAGCCCAUGGACAUUGAUGUUGAGGAUUAUUACCCGGCCUUCCUGGACAUGGUGCGCAACCUCCUGGACGGGAACAUGGACUCGUCGCAGUACGAGGACUCGCUGCGCGAGAUGUUCACCAUCCACGCCUACAUCGCCUUCACCAUGGACAAGCUGAUCCAGAGCAUCGUCCGACAGCUCCAGCACAUCGUGAGCGAUGAGAUCUGUGUGCAGGUGACAGACCUGUACCUGUCAGAGAACAGCAAUGGAGCCACAGGAGGGCUCCUGGCGUCCCAGUCCUCCCGCACGCUCCUGGAGGCCGCCUACCAGCGCAAAGCCGAGCAGCUCAUGUCCGAGGAGAACUGCUUCAAGCUGAUGUUCAUUCAGAGCAGAGGUCAAGUUCAGUUAACCAUUGAGCUGCUGGACACAGAAGAGGAAAACUCAGAUGACCCUGUGGAAGCAGAGCGCUGGUCUGACUACGUGGAGCGGUACAUCAACUCUGAUUCUACCUCCCCUGAGCUCCGCGAGCACCUGGCCCAGAAACCCGUCUUCCUGCCCAGGAAUCUGAGGCGGAUCCGCAAGUGUCAGCGUGGUCGGGAGCAGCAGGAGAAGGAAGGGAAGGAGGGGAACAGUAAGAAGUCCAUGGAGAACUUGGAGAGCCUGGACAAGAUGGAGUGUAAAUUCAAGCUGAACUCAUACAAGAUGGUGUACGUGAUCAAAUCAGAGGAUUACAUGUACAGGAGGACCGCGCUGCUGCGAGCUCAGCAGUCCCACGAAAGGGUGAGCAAGCGGCUGCACCAGCGGUUCCAGGCCUGGGUGGACAAAUGGACCAAGGAGCACGUGCCCCGCGAAAUGGCAGCCGAGACAAACAAGUGGCUCAUGGGUGAAGGCUUGGAGGGCUUGGUGCCCUGCACCACCACCUGUGACACAGAGACCCUGCACUUUGUCAGCAUCAACAAGUACCGCGUCAAAUACGGCACGAUAUUCAAGACACCCUAGGAGUCCCCCGGGGCGAGGGAAGAGCCCGGGAGAUGUGUGUGUGUGCGCGCAUCCAGGGAAGGAGGGAGAUGCCUUUCUCCCCUCACUGUGUAUCUCCUAACAUGGCCACUUGACUAGUGCGUGGCUGGUACAGCCUGUCCCGGCGGGAUUCCCCGUGGGGAUGCGGCUCUCCGCGCGGGGCCGUGGGCUGCCGGCCCUUUCCGAGCAGGAAGGACCCUUCUCUGAACUGAGCCAUCCCAGAGAAACACCACGAGCUCGUACACACCAGCAGCGUUGAGGCUUUGACUCCCCGGAGGCCCUGAGCGGCGAGGGAGGGGAACAGGAUGCUCUCCACCGCCGGCCCGCUGGGAUGUGUCCCCAAAAUCCGCAGGUGCUGUCGCCACCGGAUUCUCCUCUCCUGGCGGGCUCCGGCGUGCGGCCGUGGGGCAGCGGGCCCCGGCUUCCUCUGCUUCCUCCCUUCCCUCCCAGGCUGGACUCACCCUGUGCAGAUCGGUCUGUCCUUUCUAGUGCCAGUGGAACUGUUUUAUUUUUAUUUUGGGUUUUUGGUUUUUUUUUUUUUUUGUUGUUUUGUACCUGCUUGUUUACUAGUCUCUCCUAGUGCCAUGCACCAGCUUUUCACACACAUGUACGUACACACACACAGCAGAGAACAACACGAUUUUAACAUGUUCCCCUCCUUUUUUGUAAAUAAAUGUACAAAUUGUCAAUUUUUUUUGUUUUUUUCCUUUUUGGGUUUUUUUUUUAAUUAAAGGAAUUAUGCUUGAUGUGCUAGCAUAACUGUACUAGCUUCUUGUGUACCAUAGUACCAGGUGGCUUGAGAAUUAGUACCGACAGACAGACCGAUGGAGACAUUUAUUACACUUUUUACCAAAGGGAGUUAUCAUUGUAGUGCUUUUGUGUGGAAACUUUUUUCUCCUUUUUUUGUAAAUAAAAAAAAUAAUGUCUUUGUUCUUAA